UUAAACUGGGUUCAUAUGGGGCAGAGUUCUCAUCUGAUGUAGAAGGUGAAUCUCCACACCUCUUCUUGAUUGACAGGUAAGUAUUUUGUAUUCAGACUGAUGUCAUAUGACUGCACAAAUGAGCUCGCUGUCAUUUCAAACCGCCUUAUGUUGGCUUGCUGUUAGCAAAAUAUUUAUUUUUGUUGGAAAGCGGCAUAGGAACUCAAUGGAUCCAGUGCCAUUUAAGAGAGAAAUGUGUGUGGAUAAAAAAUUAUCCACGUUUUAGAAUCUCAAAUUAAAUCACAGGCUGUGACAGCUAGCUGGUUAUGUGAAAAUUAUUUCCUUUGCUCCAGAAAUCCAUAUAUGGGUAAAGGGUUUUGCUGUUCCAAGACCCCUAAUUAUGUGCUAGUUAAAUUAAAACUACAACAAACGGUGGAAUUCCGCCAACCAGCACAUACUAGCCCGCCUGCAAUUUAAAUAGUUUCGAUAUAGCAACUUACUUUUUAAAGCACACAAAACGUUCGAAGUUCACAGAUGAGAUAUGUAUUUAUUUCGUUAAAAAUGUGAAACUAUCUUUUGCUUACAUUGACCACAGACCAUACUUUCUGCAGAAAUCAAAAUUCCAAUGGGGAACCCAUGGCGAAAGAAACUUCCGGAUUGGCCUACAAGACGUCAUCACUAUAAAAUAACGAAGUGGGCGGGCAAAUGCCAAAAGCUGUUGUUGCUGUCGACCACGCUUUAAUCUCGAACAGGCCAUUUAGUUCUUUUUUCAAUGGCAGUAAUGCACAGAGUGGGCUACUAGACACCCUACAACGGCUGGCUAUCUAGCUGGAAAUAUCAGCGGCUAACUUUAGUCAUCUGGCGCCAAUAGUAAUAGCUAACGACGACGUGCAAGUUUUUAAUACGGCGUGAGCUAGACGGAGAAUGUCGAGUUAUAUCAAUUUUCGUACGCGUUUAGCUUCCAUUAUGGAAGUAUUAGCCGACGCUGCUGUGGCAGAGAUUAAUGAACUUGUGGAGGAUGGCUACGCUGUUUUACGCUUAGAAAUAUCUAGAAAACAGAAAGAGAACGAUGCUCUGAAGAAGAAAUUGCACAUGAUGGAAAUGCGAAUUGCGCGAUGUUUUAGCCGGAGUACGCGAGCAAGGGACGGUUCCGUUCAGGUUUACGAUGAAUUCGCGUCAACAGGAACGUCAGGCGAGGAUAAUUUUCCAACCGUAGACGGUCUCUUUGGCAAGCAGUCGAGCUUCAGUCUUCGGAGCGAUGGGGAAACCACGUCUGUGAAUGAGGACCAGUCCGGGAGGAGGGACGAGUCUGCAGGUAUAGAGGAAGGACCUGAAUCACUACUUGUAAAAGAGGAGACGCUUGAAGAGGACUUGCAGACCAGUGAUUCACAGAGAGCACUCAUUAUCAGUGACGAAAGACCUGUGGAGUCUGAUAGUGGUGAAAGGGCUCCCAAUGUGGGUUCACGGACUGAGGCUGCCUUAGGCUCAGAGGAGUUAUCUGAGCAGCACCACACCAGUCACAGUGUUUGGGAAGACAGCGGACUGGACACUGUCGUCAAGGCAGAACCAGAUGUUGAGACUGUCAAGCUCCAGGCUGCAGCAGGGAGACAUAACAGAUUGGGCAGUGAGUUUUUAUAUGAAAGACCUGGUCUGAUGGAAACGUUCCUUCCACAAAAGGUCAUUGAAUCUGAGAAUGUGGGUCCUGUCUGCUUUUACACUACGAGAACUGACUCUGAGAGUCUGCCAUCUCACGCACAGCUACGGGUCAGUCCCACCACAGCAAAAGAUGCUGAUAAGAGUCUGUCAUCUUUAGGAUCUUGUGAUGGAAUGGACUCUGUAACCUUUGAAAUGGAGGCUGGGGCCUGUUCUUCUUGGGACAGUGAGACCAUGUCAGACCCUGUUUAUACACAAUACAGGCCUAAAAAAGACUGGGAAACUGAAAAAUUGCAGCCAGAAAAUGUUACUAACAUAUUUCCCACACAUGCCCGAUUGGUACCAAGAGACAAUAUAGUGGGUUUAAAAGCCAAAGGAUCAGGGAUGACUAGACGUGCACCUUCUGUUGAAACUUGCUCUACAUUAGCAGGCAUGAACACUCAUCAUAGAACUGGUGCAAGAGAGAGACGAUUCAGUUGUAAUUUCUGUGGAAAGAGUUUCACAUCUCCGCAAAACCUACAAACACAUUUGAGAGUUCACACUGGAGAGAGACCAUUCAGCUGUGCACAGUGUGGAAAGAGGUUCACUCAGGCUGGUCAUCUGAAAACACAUCAGAGUGUUCACACUGGUGAAAGACCAUACAUAUGUACACACUGUGGUAAAAGAUUUGCAGGGAAACAAAACCUUAGAAUACACCAACAGAGGAAACACCAAGCUAAUUAUAAUGUUAUAUAGGCUUCUGAACCAAAUAUUAAUUAUAUAAGAAGUCUCGACUACUUGAGCAUAUUAUUUAAUGACUUCUUAGUAAAUUAAGAGCUUUGUGUUCUGAAAAUAUACAAAGUACAUCAACUUAUUUGUAAAUUCUUAAAAUGUAGGUUAUAUCCACCAGUCGUGGCACAUUUUAUGUUUCAGUCAUUUUUAGUUCAUGAUCAGGCUAAUUUAUACUAUGUUGCCCCACACUUACAGCAAGUGUCGCUCGACGAAAAUGAUUUCAACUGAAAGAGUCGCUUGACCAUUUCUCUGUGUAGCGCACCUCUAGAAUUUUGCUACACUUAAAUGAUAAACUAUUGGGAGAGUGACAAGUUUUUGUUGUUUUGGCACUGUAUUCCAACACAUUGGAUUUGAAAUAAGACAAUGAAUAAUUAGGGGUGUAAUGAUGCAUCGAUCUGGAUUGACGUAUCUGUUCAAAGAGCAACGAUCUGAUCCAAUCAGUACAGCAUGCCAGAAAACGAUCCGUGUUAUGAAUGAUAAACAAACCUGGAACCAAAGUGUUAAGGCUAUAGUUCUUGUAGCUAUAGGUUAAUUGUUGCAAAGACUCCCUUUUGGGAAUGCACAGAGUUUGAUUAAGAAAGCCUUUCACUUAGCAAAUUGAUAAUCAGCUUUGUGAUACUGGCUAAGCCCGAUUGGCGAUUUCUCCAAAAUUACGAAAAACCAACUAUUUUUAAGUUGGUCACGACAU